CGCGUAAAGUGCCUCUGCCAGAAUCUGUCCCAAGGUCCCAGGCCCUUGAUCUGCUUUGAAAACCACUGGGCAUAACUGCUGUACCGAUCAUGUCAUCCCCGUCCCCAGAAGAGAUGGUCGAGGGCGAGCUCCCGACCAUCGAUCCUUACGAGACGCUCGACCUUAGCCGAGAUGCCACAGCCGAUCAGAUCAAGAUUGCUUACCGCAAAGCCGCCUUGAAAAACCACCCAGACAAGGUCCCUCCAGAGCGCAAAUCCGAAGCAAACGAAAAAUUCCAAGCCAUCGCCUUCGCCUAUGCGAUCCUCUCCGACCCGGCUAGGCGCAAGCGCUACGACGCGACCGGUUCCACCUCCGAAUCCAUCGUCGACGCAGAUGGGUUCAACUGGAGCGACUACUACCGGGACCUGUUCCGGGACGCGAUAUCGGCCGACGCCAUCGCGGAGUUUUCAAAGAAGUACAAGGGCUCGGACGAGGAGAAGGACGACGUGCUCAUCGCCUACGAGGAGCACGAGGGCGACAUGGACAAGGUCUACGAGUCGGUCAUGCUGAGCAACGUCUUGGAGGACGACGAGCGGUUCCGCGCCAUCAUUGACGCGGCCAUCGCCUCGGAGGACGUGCCGGCUUUCAAGGCAUACACCAAGGAGAGCAAGAAGAAGCGCGAGGCACGCACCAAGGCCGCGCGGGUCGAGGCGGCCGAGGCAGAAGAGUAUGCGAAGGAACUAGGGGUGCAUGACGAGCUGUUCGGCGAUAAGAAGGCGAAGAAGGGCAAGGGGAAGGGUAAUAAGGGCAAGGGUGGUGGGGAGGACGACCUGGCCGCCCUCAUUUUGCGCAACCAGCAGAGUCGGGCGGGCUUUCUCGAUAAUCUGGCGGCCAAGUACGGCGCCGGGACGAAGAAGAAAAAGGGAAACAAGAGGGCUAUCGAGGAGGAAGAGCCGUCCGAGGAGGCGUUCCAGGCUGCGGCUGCGAGGUUGAAGAAGCCCAAAACUUCCGCGGAGAACAACGGCAGGGGGGCGAGAAGGUCCAGGAAGUGAUUCUGCAUGGCCUCGGCGCUUUAUUUUACUUACGGAUGGCGUGGGUCUUUUUAUUUUAUUUUAUAUGCAUGGCCUCUGGGUCUGGGGUUCUCUUGCAGCUAUGAACGGAUGGAUCAUUGGCGUUACGGUUGGUUUAGGUAUCGCUUUUAAGCUGAUAAUGAAUUUGUGUGUCGCUGCCAUGGUGGCCGCUU